AGGAAGUCGUAUGCGACAGGCGGAAGUCGAAUGUGGGAGAGGAGUCGGCGGUGCGGGGCGUGGAGGCGUGACUCGUGUUUUGGGGUAUCGCCGCCAAGAUGAAGGUGAAGAUGCUGAGCCGGAACCCGGACAACUACGUCCGCGAAACCAAGUUGGACUUGCAGAGAGUUCCAAGAAACUAUGAUCCUACCUUACAUCCUUUUGAGGUCUCGCGAGAAUAUGUAAGAGCUUUGAAUGCCACCAAGCUGGAGCGUGUAUUUGCAAAGCCAUUCCUUGCUUCCCUGGAUGGGCACCGAGAUGGAGUCAACUGCCUCGCAAAGCACCCCAAGAGCCUGGCCACGGUCCUUUCCGGGGCGUGUGAUGGAGAGGUUAGAAUUUGGAAUUUGACUAAGCGAAAAUGUAUCCGUACAAUACAAGCACAUGAGGGUUUUGUACGAGGAAUAUGUACGCGCUUUUGUGGGACGUCUUUUUUUACCGUUGGUGAUGACAAAACCGUGAAACAGUGGAAGAUGGAUGCACCGGGAUAUGGAGAGGAGGAGGAGCCGCUGCACACAAUAUUAGGAAAGACAGUGUACACAGGGAUCGAUCAUCACUGGAAAGAUCCUGCUUUUGCCACCUGUGGACAGCAAGUGGACAUUUGGGAUGAACAGAGAACCAACCCUAUAUGUUCCAUGACCUGGGGGUUUGACAGUAUAAAUAGUGUUAAAUUUAAUCCAAUUGAGACUUUUCUCUUGGGAAGUUGUGCUUCUGACAGGAACAUAGUCCUGUAUGAUAUGAGGCAAGCCACUCCCCUGAAAAAGGUUAUCUUAGAUAUGAGAACAAAUACAAUCUGUUGGAACCCUAUGGAAGCUUUUAUUUUUACUGCAGCAAAUGAAGAUUAUAACUUGUAUACAUUUGACAUGCGUGCUCUGGACACCCCUGUCAUGGUGCACAUGGAUCAUGUGUCUGCCGUGCUCGACGUAGACUACUGUCCCACGGGGAAGGAGUUUGUAUCUGCCAGUUUUGACAAAUCUAUCCGCAUCUUUCCUGUGGACAGGAGUCGAAGCAGGGAAGUGUACCACACCAAGCGGAUGCAGCACGUCAUCUGCGUGCGCUGGACGGCCGACAGCAAGUACAUCAUGUGCGGCUCCGACGAGAUGAACAUUCGCCUGUGGAAGGCCAAUGCUUCUGAGAAGCUGGGUGUGCUCGCGUCCCGAGAAAGGGCGGCCCAGGACUAUAACCAGAAGCUGAAGGAGAAAUUUCAGCACCAUCCUAACAUCAAACGCAUCGCUCGGCACCGGCACCUGCCCAAGUCCAUCUACAGCCAGAUCCAGGAGCAGCGCAUCAUGCGGGAGGCGCGCCGGCGCAAGGAGCUGAAUCGCCGUAAGCACAGCAAGCCGGGGUCCGUGCCGGUGGUGUCGGAGAGGAAGAAGCAUGUGGUCGCGGUCGUGAAGUAGCGUUUGCUGUCCGACCAGUGCUCGGGCAUAACUGUCUCACCUUUGAUUUGGGAAGGAAAAUUUCAGCACCAUCCUAACAUCAAACGCUUGUAUAUAAAUAAAAACGCUGGCUCUGAUUUAAUGAGAA